AUGAAUGAACCAUGCUAUGAAGAAGUCCAGGAUUUUUAUACAUCUGACCUCAAGAAACCUUUGCUGAAGGAAGUGAAUGCUUGGCCAUGGGCUGGAAAGUGAAGCAGCAGCUCUGGCGUUUCUUUUCCUUGCCCACAUGUGUGUGUUUGCCUCUUGUUUUGCCUGAUGGGCACUCUGCUGGGACAUCCUCAGUGUCUGUAUUAUGGGCCGCCUUUCCAGCCCCCUUUGCCCUUGGAGUUCUGCUCUAUCUAUGAAAACUUUGGCUUCUGUGACCAGGAGAGAGACAACAGCAUUGCAGCAAAAUACUGGGUCAUCAUAGAUUACAUGGAUCCCCAGGGGCAUAAACUGUGUGGAACAUACAUCAAAGAUAUCCUGUGUCAGGACUGUUCUCCAUAUGCUGCACAUCUCUAUGAUGCAGAAAACCUACGGACCCCGCUGAGAAGCCUACCAGGACUUUGUAUUGACUACUGCUACUCUGCCAUCCGCCUGCUGACUGGUGACAAGCACAUCCAGGAGUGCUGCAAGACGAACAGGACCCACUUCUGCCACCUCCUGCAGCUCCAGGAUGAGGACUACUGUUUCCCCCAGGUGCUGCAGAACUUGUCCCUGAGCCGCUGCCUGGGCUUGCUGCUGGAGCUGUGUGGGGGCUGUGUCCAGCUGUGCCUGGCUGAGGUUGCCAGUGGCCUGAGGAACCCGGUGCUGAUUGCCCGCGCUGCUUACAGGACCCACCGCGCCUUCACAGCCGAGCAGCUGGGCCUCAUCCGGGCCUGCCUACCCAAUGGCAGCUGGCUGGAGGAGCCAUUCCUGGAUAUUCAGAGCCUGCUGCUGGCUGCCCCAUGGCUAGCAGAUAAGAGGGGCUUCCACCCCAAGCAGAAGGACAAGGGGGAGCUUUAUAUCUGUUACACAUGGCUAAGAAACCGAGUGGGAAAGAUCAGGAUCAAUGAAUUGAAGGGUUUGGCAUCUGAUGCCAACAAAAUUGACCCAAGCUCUGAAAGCUUGAGGAACCAGCUGGAAAGAGACCCUUUUGGAAAAUUUGAGAAUGCUCAGAACAAGAGCACUUUGUUGGGGAAAGUGUUGAGGAUUGAUGUGGAUGGAAGAAACCCUGAUGGAAAGCCUUACCACAUCCCUCCUGAUAAUCCAUUCAUGUCUGAUCCCAAAGCUUGCCCAGGGGUUUAUGCCUAUGGGGUCAGGAAAUGGUGCUGUGCAAUGGACAGAGGGGACCCUAUCAGAAAAAAAGGAAGAGGGAGGAUAUUCUGUGGGGAUGUUGGGUAGAACAGGUUUGAGGAAAUCAACCUCAACCUCAUUGUUAAAGGAGGGAACUAUGGUUGGAGAGCAAAGGAGGGGUUUGAAUGCUACGACACAAAGCUUUGCCACAACUCCUCCAUGGAUGACACUCUGCCAAUAUUUGCAUAUGGCUGCAGUGUGGGCAAGUCAGGUACUGGAGGCUUUGUCUACAGGGGAUGUGAAUCACCUAACUUGAAUGGCCUUUAUAUUUCUGGUGAUUUCCUGAGCAGUCGAUUUAUGGCUUUACAGGAAGAUAAGAAGACAAAUAAGUGGAAGAAAGAGGAUAUCUCUGUUGGCAGUACAUCAUCUUGAGCUUUCCCUGGAAUGAUCAGUUCCUACAGCAAAUUCAUCAUCUCCUUUGCUGAGGAUGAAGCAGGUGAACUGUAUUUUAUGUCUACUUCUUAUCCCAGUGCCUAUACACCACAUGGAUCGCUCUACAAGCUCAUCUAUCCUGCAAGGAGAGCUGCACCAGGGAAGUGUAAAUACAAGGCUGUUCCAAUGAAAACAGAGAGCAAACGGAUACCAUUUCUUCCAUGA